AUGUUUCUUGCUAUAGGUGGGAGAAGGGAAAAAGGGAAUAGAAAGUUGAAGCGGAAGGGAGAGGCUGCAGAGAGAGGAGAGUUAGAAAAACGGGAAAGGAAAUUGAAAAUUUCCAAUCCACAUAAUGUUUGUUCGUGGCCACAAUGCGGACAUCCAUGCGAGAAUAUUGCCGCAUUCUUGCACCAUCUAUCCGCAGCCCAUAUGCUGGACGAACGGGGUACCCAGCAGUGUCGGGCACAAAUUGAAGUUGUCGACAGCUUGGAGCAUCAGUUGACCAAAGAGAAACUUCGGCUGGAAGCGAUGCUUCAACAUCUACAAAUGAAGCAGUCGCCGGAACCGGCGUCAACGUCGAUCAACAAUAACAUGCCAAGUGAAUCGCCGUUACUAUCGCCGCCAUUAAUGGAAACAAAGUUGGAAGCAAAAAUUGAGCCAGUACAGUCUGAUCAGGUGAGAGGUUAA